AUAUAUAUUAGAAAUAAUAUUUAAAUAUAUUUUUGUAUAAAUGUUACUACAUUUCCCAGCAGGCAGUGCGUCUCAUGGCCGGAAGUAGCCGCAUUUCCGGUCUCGGCCGGAAGCGGCCUGGCUUAGCUCUCUCUCCUCGAAAAACGGCCCGGUUCUUCCAGGGAGGGGUCCGGAAGUGAGCCUCCCGGCAUGGAGGAAAACGACUGGCGAAGCAGCAACUUCCGGCAGAAGCUGGUCAGCCAAAUAGAGGAGGCCAUGCGGAAGGCUGGCGUGGCCCACAACAAGUCCAGCAAAGACAUGGAAAAUCACGUCUUCAUGAAGGCCAAGACCAGGGAGGAAUACCUUUCCCUGGUGGCCCGCUUAAUCAUCCACUUCCGGGACAUCCACAAUAAAAAGUCCAUGGCUUCCGCUGCAGCUGCUGACCCCAUGAAUGCCCUCCAGACACUGACCGGAGGCGGACCCCCGGCCGGAGGAGGAGGGGGAGGUGGUGGCGGAGGGUCAUCCUCCUCGAUGGGGCUGGGGCCCCGACCCCCGCCUCAAGGGGCCCCCAUGGGAGGGAUGGCCGGCCUCCCUUUGGGACAGCAGAUGGGUCCCCUUCCCGGACAGCAGCAGCCCUCAGGCCCCGGGGCCAACCCCAUGGGGCCCCACGGCAUCCCUGGCAUCGGCCCUCCCUCUGGGCAGCCAACCCAGCUCCAGCUGCAGCAAAUGGCACAACAACAGCAACAACAACAACAACAGGCAGCCGCAGCAGCCUUGCAGCAACAGCAGCAACAGCAGGCACAGCAGCAGUUCCAGCAGGCGCAGCAGACCGCACUGCAGCAGCAAUUCCAGGCGCAGCAGCAGCAACAGCAGCAGGCUGCCGCAGCUGCUGCUGCCGCCCAACAGCAGCAGCAGGCACAGCAGCAACAGCAGCAGAUGCAGGCAGUGCAGCAGCAGCAGCAUAUGCUGAAGAUGCAGCUGCACCAGCAGAGCCAGCAGCAGAUGCAGCAGCAGCAGCAACAGCUCCAGCGCAUCGCCCAGAUGCAGCAGCAGCUCCAGCAGCAGGCCGUCCAAGUGCAACAACAACAACAACAGCAGCAGCAACAGCAGCAGCAACAACAGCCUCCUCCUCCAGCCUCUGCCCAACAAGUCAUGCAGCAGCAGAUCCAACAGAUGCAGCAGCAGCAGCAGCAAGUUUCAGCUGCCCAGGCUUCCCAAAUCCCUCCGCAGCCCAUGGUCUCACAGGCACAGAACCUUCCAGGUCAGAUUCCGGGACAAGUCAUGCCCGUGGCCCUGACCCCACAGCACCUGAAAGCCAUGCAGGCCAGAGCCAUACAGCAGCAGCAGCAACAGCAGCAGGCCGCGGCCCAGGCAGCCCAAAUGGGGGCCUCCAACCAGAUGAUGACUGCAGCGAUGGCCAGAGGCGGGAUGCAGAUCCGGCCACGCUUCCCACCGGCCGCUGCCGUCUCCGCUGCUGCUGCCCCACCACCAAAUUCUAUGCAGAUGCCACCUCAGGUCACAAUGAUGUCUUCCCCGUCGCCAGUCCAGCAGCAGGCCCAGACCCCGCAACCUCCGCCGCCGCCAAUGCCCCCUCCACCGCCACAGCCCUCUCCGCAGCCCACCUCCCAGCCCAACUCCAACGUCAGCUCAGGCCCUGCUCCAUCCCCUGGUGGCUUCCUGCCCAGCCCUUCCCCACAACCGUCUUCUCAGAGUCCAGCGGCUGCAAGGACCCCCCAGAACUUCAGUGUACCUUCGCCAGGACCCCUCAACACCCCAGGCAAUCCCAGUUCCGUCAUGAGUCCAGCCAGUUCAAACCAGUCUGAGGAGCAGCAGUACCUGGAGAAGCUCAAGCAGCUCUCCAAGUACAUCGACCCCUUGAGGCGGAUGAUCAACAAGAUUGACAAGAAUGAAGACAGGAAGAAAGAUUUGAGCAAAAUGAAGAGCUUGCUCGAUAUCCUGACGGACCCUUCCAAACGGUGUCCACUGAAGACCUUGCAGAAGUGUGAAAUUGCUCUGGAGAAGCUCAAGGAUGACAUGGGGGCAGUAAGAGCCCCAACCCCUCCGCCACCAGUAGUCCCUCCAACAAAACAGCAAUAUCUCUGUCAGCCGCUCCUGGACGCUGUUUUGGCAAAUAUCCGGUCACCAGUCUUCAACCAUUCUCUUUACCGGACUUUCAUGCCAGCCAUGACGGCCAUUCACGGUCCAUCCAUUGUGACCCCGGUGCCAUCACCCCGGAAGCGGAAGUUCGAGGAGGACGACCGGCAGACCAUCCCCAAUGUCCUCCAGGGAGAAGUGGCCCGGCUCAACCCCAAGUUCUUGGUCAACCUGGACCCCUCCCACUGCAGCAACAAUGGCACUGUCCACCUCAUCUGCAAGAUAGAUGACAAAAACCUUCCAAACGUCCCUCCGCUGCAGCUGAGUGUCCCAGCUGACUAUCCCGAGCAGAGUCCACUGUGGGUUGACAACCGCCAGCAAUACGAGGCCAACCCUUUCCUGCAGUCGGUCCACCGCGCCAUGAUGUCUAAGCUGCUCCAGCUGCCGGACAAGCAUUCAGUGACCGCUCUACUCCAGACCUGGGCCCAGAGCAUCCGUCAGGCUUCCCUCUCUGCUGCCUGAGGAUCAAUGCCGCCAUAUUUGAUUUUCUCCAUUCGAUGGAGAGAUAGCCUUCCAGAACCUUCCACAGACUUCCAUAUACUUCCACAGACUUCCAUAGACUUCCAGAGCCUUCCAGAACCUUCUACCGCUCAGAAAUCACACAGAGAUGCUGCCAUCCCGUUCUGUUCCUGUUUUCUCCCCCCGGGGGGGGGGGGGGGUAAAAAAAAAGAUGAGGCGGACACCUCAUCCAAUUUUUUUUGCUAUUUUUUCCUCUCCUAUUUUAAUUUUAUUAAUUUUUUUAAUUUAAUAUUUUCCCAGAUAUUUUAAAAUUUAAAUCCCCCCUCCCCAGUUAUUUUUCAAAUUCCUUUUCCCCCCAGUUUAAAUAUUUUCCCAGUAUUAUUUUAUUUUAAAAUUUAAAUAUAUAUCAGAAACUUGAUGGAGAUAAGAAUUAACUAAUUAACUGACAUUUCAGAUGUUUUUUGUUUUCUGAUAUUAAAAAAUAAAAAGAGCCUGCUUUCUCUCAA